AUGGCCAGCUACUGCAACUCCACGGCCAUUAGGAGGUCUGGAAGCAUUAGGAGCGAUGAUGAAGUCAGUAUCGAAGGGCCAGUUGAAAUUGAGGGUUCGAUCAAGUCGGGAAGCAGUAUCAGUCUUAAGGGCGAGGUCAGUGUGAGAGACAAGAUGGACGCCUACGGAGGUAUCGAGAUGAAUGGAAGCAUCAGUUGCGGCGGCCGAAUCAAGGCCUAUGGAAAUAUUGUGGUGUCGGGAUGCUUGGUUGCCAAAGACAAGAUCAAAGGAUAUGGAAAGCUUAAGGUUGUCGGAACUCUCGAGGGAACCGAGUUGGAGAUUUACGGAAAUGUGAGCAUCACGGGAUGUCUCAAAUGUCGUCGUCUGGUUGUCUACGGAAACUUGACCCUCAUCGGACCCGAGUCGGGUUACUAUGUUGAACAACCUGCAGCGAUCGCGGGUGCGACCAUGAUGAGGGAGACGGAGCCUGACUGGGACUGGUAA